CCUCUACCUCACAUUCCCUCCCUCUGCGCUUGUAUCUCCCCCUGCCACAGUUGUCCUCACAUAUUAGGUUCCCCCGUCUUAAGCAGCAGAAUUAGCCUCUGGAAUCUUGUGCACUUGUUUCCUUCAAUCCCACGAAGGAGGAGAUGGGAUGAAAGGAAAACCCGAAGACAGAGCAGGAGAGGAAAUACAAGGGAUCUAAAACAGCGGAGGGACACUGGCUGAAAAAGGAAUACGAGAAAGAAAACCAUGCAGAAGCUUGGUGUUUGAUGCAGCUCCACGGUGGGCAUGCGGCCAGAUCCCAGCUCCGUUCUCCAGCUGAUCUUCACUCAGCUGCUUCCUGAUUUUUCUCUCCAUGAUUGAAGAAAACAAAAGUGGCACACCAAAAGAGGACGGCACGUCUGAGUUGAUUCAUGGUGACACAUACUUCCAACUCUGCCGGACAAAGAAGCAGGAUCAGUUCAGGAGUGUGAAGAACAGAGACAACCAAUGUGGAGCUCAGGAAGUGUAAACCGACCCGGGCCGGUCCCUGCCUUCCUCAGGAGCCCAUCAGUCAUCCCGACCCCCCUGGACAUGAAGCCCUUCCUUCAGUUCCCUCUGGAGCCCUCUCACCCCGCCAGCAUCGGCCUCUUUCAUAACUUUAACACGAUGGACCCGGUCCAGAAGGCUGUCAUGACGCACACCUUCGGCCCACCGCUGGUUAAAACAAAGAGGCCAAUUAUCUCCUGCAACGUCUGUCAAAUACGCUUCAACUCGGAGAGCCAGGCAGAGGCUCACUAUAAGGGGAAUCGCCACGCCCGCAGGAUAAAAGGUAUAGAAACGUCCAAGACAACACGUACACAAGAUGGAGACAAGCAGCCGCCUCCCCCACCGGCUUCCCCCCCCACGACCAGCCGCUCAUCGUCCAGCCCCAAACCCGAUGGUCAUGAUAAGCAGGACGACACUCAACCCUUCAAAGAGUCCCCCCUGACCUCCAGCGGUCUCCUGACGCCGGCGCUGAGCUCAGCAGACGCAGAGUGCCCCCUCCUGCCUGCUGUCGGUAGUCUUUUAGCCCCGCCCCUGUCCCCGUCUGCGGCCCUCAGUGCUCCACCUGCAGAUCCGGCACCGGUGGUUCUGCCCGAUACCCCGUCCCCAGCACCCAGCCCGUUUUCAGGAGAGUCAGAGGAGGAGAAAGCCAAGAAACUCCUCUACUGCUCCCUGUGCAAAGUGGCAGUUAAUUCCCUUUCACAGCUGGAGGCGCAUAACAAGGGCACCAAACACAAAACUAUCCUGGAGGCUCGAAGUGGGUUAGGACCCAUCAAAGCGUACCCACGUCUUGGUCCUAAACCCAGCCCUGAGCAGGGGGGAGAUCUGUCCUCUGACCCAAACACUCAGGAACGCACCUUUCACUGUGAGAUAUGCAAUGUUAGGGUCAACUCUGAGCUGCAGCUGAAGCAGCAUAUAUCAAGCAGAAGGCAUCGGGAUGGAGUCGCAGGAAAACCUAAUCCUCUGCUCAGUCGGCACAAGAAGCGCACAGAUCUAAUGGAACUUCCUAAAACUCUGGGAGCUGGACUUUUACCAAACCCUUUGGCGAUUGCCGCAGCGAUGGCGGCAGCAUCUUCAAACCAACUGGCGCUUCGUCAUCCCGGUCCAACCUCACAUCCCCAUCACCCUCUCCUACAGGGAACACCCAUCGGCCUGCUGAGGCCGGCCCCGGGUCCCAUCCGCACCACUCAUGGUCCAAUCCUGUUCACCCCGUACUGAGAGCGAGGGAACGCAGAAGAAUCAGGAAGAAGCACACUGUGAGGCUACAGGUCGCCGCUUGGAGCCAAAACUGGCUGGUCUGGUUGGAACUGAGGUUAUAUUAUGAAGAGACGUAAAUAUUACUGUUUAUUGUGUAGAGAUGUAAGUUUCCUUCCUCCGGUUUUGUUAUCAGUGAGUGAUCGGCAUGUCGGUGUUAAUAGCUUAAAGGGGAUCUUGAAAACAUGUUUUUAGGCGAUUCCCUCUGAGUAGUUUCCAGUCAGAACCUCUCCGCCUGCUUCAAAACCUCCUGCGUCUGGCUCAAGCCCCCUACCUCUUCUGGGUUUGAUGUUGAUUUCUGAAAUCAGUCAAAACAAAACGCUGGAAGUUCCACUAAAGCAUAGCAACACCUAAGGAUGUAACGAUUCAGUCAAGCCACGAUUCAAUUUACAGAUUUAAAGUCACAAUUUUGAUUUUUUCCCAAUUUUUUUCU